AUGAAAUCCAAUUAAUUUGAAAGAUUCAAGACUGAAUUAAAUGAGAAUAAUAAUAGUAAUCAGAUUGCAUCUAAGAGAGAUUUUCUAAACUCGAAUUCAAAAUCUACUGGGAGAAGUAUAAUAUGAAUUAUUAUAUAGCUAAACAAAUUAAAAAAUCAAAUGAAAAUGUGCUUUAGUUAAUCAAUAUGUGGCAUGAACAUAGACAAUCAUUAUCAAUUAAUCCUAUCAUAACUACAGAAAUACAAAAAUAAUAAACUCAUUCAUCAGCUCAAGCACUUCAAGAUAAUUUAAUUAACUAAAUUAAUAGUAUUAAAAAUUUAUAAUUUCUAAAAGCUGCAAAUAACUUUAAAUAAAUUCCAAAAAAAAUUGAUAUUACCAAGGCAAACCUUUCCUAAAUUGAUCAUAACUAAAAGAUUCCGUUGAGUAAACCUAAUUCAGCAUUUGAAAAUUUUAUCAAACAAAACUUAAGUGAGUAAUUUAUUAUCCUAUUAGAUUCUUCUCAUAAAAUUCUUCAAGCUCAAAAAUAAAAUAAAAGAACAAAUUCUUAAAUUAAAUAAAGCGAUUUUAAAUUAAAACAAAAUAAGGAAUAUUUAACUGUUAUCGUUUUAUUAUAAAAUGUGUAAAAGACAGUUUAAUAGUUAUACAAGAAUCAAGACAUAGCGAAAGCCAAUGAAAUAGAUAAGUAUGAAAUAACUAAUUAAUUUAUAGAAAGAUUAAAUAAGUGAUAUUUCAAAUUGAUAAAGAUUUUAAAUGA